AUGGAUACCAACCUUGCCCUCGUUCAUGGCGCCAAAGAGCCUCAGCUAUGCCUAAAAACCAUGAGAGACCUCAUAGAUGACCAGGCUGCUCAAUAUGGUGAUCGUCCUGCAGUAAUCUUUCCGUGGCAAUCUGUCCGACUGUCGUAUCGCCAAUUGGCAGAUCGAAGCAAGGUCCUAGCCAAGGCAAUGCUUGAGAUGGGACUCCAGCAUGGUGACUGCGUGGGCAUCAUGGCAGGGAACUGCUACCAGUACAUCGAGGUUUUCCUUGGCGGUGCUCGCAUCGGGUGCCCGGUCGUGGUACUGAACAAUACAUACACAUCCGCUGAGCUGCUGAAUGCAGUGAAGAAUAGUUCAUGCAAGCUUAUUUUCCAUUCAACGUCCAUCGGCUCUCGAAGCUUGAUGGGCCAUAUCGACACCUUGCAAGGGACACAGUACCCAAAUCCGGCGCUACCUGAAUUGCAACGGAUUGUUUCGCUCGGUUCAGAGGCAUUCUCGGACAAAGGUGUUGAAGUUCAGUCCUAUAACAAGUUUACCUCGAAUGGUCUUUCGGUGUUCAUGAACAAUGCUACACUCGAGCGCGCAGAGAGAAAGGUUACUCGGGAGGAUGUGGUCAAUCUACAAUUUACGUCCGGGACUACGGGUUCUCCCAAGGCUGCAAUGCUCACACAUUCGAAUCUCAUCAAUAAUGCACAAUUCAUCGGAGGAGCAAUGCAACUUACUCCAGACGAUGUCAUCUGCUGCCCGCCCCCGAUGUUCCAUUGCUUUGGACUUGUUCUGGGAUUCCUCUCGUCCUUCUACCGUGGAAGCUCCAUCGUAUUUCCAUCUGAUUUCUUCGACGUCAAGAAGGUGGUGAAUGCCAUUAUCGACGAAGAUGCCACAGUCCUCCUCGGUGUCCCAACUAUGUACGUCGCCGAACUGGAAGUGAUGGCCAAGACUGGACAGCGGCCUCGUCGGCUCCGGACCGGACUCGCAUCAGGCUCAUCAGUAUCUCAAAAUCUGAUGGAACAGCUGCGAGAGACGAUGGGCGUUGAAAAAAUGCUGAUCGCCUACGGUAUGACGGAGACCAGUCCAGUUAGCUUCAUUACCUCGUUGGACGACAGUGAUGAAAAGAGGACGACGACAGUCGGUCGCUUGAUUCCACACACGGCUGCCAAAGUCAUUGAUCAGAAGGGUACGAUACUGUCUCGAGGGCAACGGGGUGAGUUGUGUACUAGUGGCUUUGUGUUGCAGAAGGGGUACUGGAGGAACGAAGCAAAGACCCAAGAGGUGAUGCGAAGAGACGAGAACGGUGUUUUGUGGAUGCACACUGGAGACGAAGCCAUGAUCGAUGCGGAUGGGUAUGCCCAUAUCACUGGUCGGAUCAAAGAUCUUAUCAUUCGAGGCGGCGAGAACAUCUUCCCACGGGAGAUCGAAGAGCGACUCAUGUCUCACCCUGCCAUUUCCGAGGCCAGUGUGGUUGGCAUCAAAGAUGAGCGAUAUGGUGAAGUAGUCGGCUGUUUCUUGAAGAUCUCUGGGGAGCAUAGGCCUACCAACCGAGAGAUCCAGCAGUUUGUCGGGGAGAAGCUGGGCCGACAUAAGACUCCUGCUCAUAUAUUCUGGCUCGGAGACGCAGGAGUAGGGGCUGACUUCCCCAAGACGGGGAGUGGCAAGCAUCAGAAGCAUAUAAUGCGGGAUGUUGGCAACCGGUUGAUAGGCAUUCCCAAGGCGAAACUCUAG